GCACCAACAACGACCACCUAAUCGCCUACCAUUGGUCCAAAAGACUCCGUCAUAAUCGGACGGGAAAAUCGCGAGUUUUUGAGGUCGUGGCCGCAUCAAUCAGCAGUCGCUGAAGCAGCAGGAGGAGAAGGCAGAGAAGUGGGGGGCCACACUUCUCCGCCAUUACCGCCGGUCCACUUGCCCUCCGUCAAGUGACCACCGCCAACGCCCGCUAAAAAAUACGCUGACGAGGUUAUAACGCGCCUUGGGCAAGUCUGGAGACUGCCGGAUAGUGACUUGCCGGCUGCCGGAAGUCGUGUGUGGUGCUUUAGAUUCACGGUCUCCAGCCCGUCCUGCGGUAGUCAUCGGCGAACUGUAUGUACUCUUGUUAGUGCUCACCCCCUUCCCCGUCCCUCCUUCCCCAGCCUUUGCCAAAGACCCCCUUUACCCCUUCAAGAACGGCUACCCCUUUUUCCUUAAACUCUUAGAAUCACCGCAAACCGCAACAUUACCAACGCUGGACAAGGUCCAUCACUCCCGGCAAACCUCCUCUUCGUUGUCUCUCGUCAUACAAGGUCAGCAAGACGAGUCUCCUUCGGCGUGAGUCGCUGCCACCGUCAGUGUCACCACCUUCAGGAUGGAGUUACUUGGCAACAAGAGGGAUUCGAACCUCCUGGAUACGGCGUCCACCUCCAGAGGAACCACCUCGUUCCUAAUAGACGACAUACUCUUCCACAGACCCAAGCGAGGAGGUGGACGGGGCGAAACGUGCAGUGACGAUGGUUAUAGUGAGGAUGGUGGGAGUCCUUGGACCAGACUUAACUCACACCUCUACCCUGUGACCUCUCGUGACCUGACCUCCGUCAGUACGUCUAUGGUCAGGGCGUCUAUCACAGAGUCCUAUGCUGCCGCAGCUGCCGCAGCCGCAGGAGUCCUGCCGUCUACUGCAGCAGCCGCAGCCGCAGCUGCGGCCGCCUACCUUCACCCGCACCCAUACCUGCACAAGCCGGAAGCACACUUUCUCUUCCCCGGAGCAGGUCUGGGAUUUGGAAGCCUCUUUGGGGGAAGCGAGGGUGCCCUGAAGGCUUGCAGAAGACGAAAGGCCCGCACCGUCUUCAGUGACCAUCAGCUGGGGGGGCUGGAGAAGAGGUUCGCGGCCCAGAGAUAUCUCUCAACCCCGGAGAGAGUCGAACUGGCCACCUCUCUCAACCUCUCCGAGACGCAGGUGAAGACUUGGUUCCAAAACCGGCGAAUGAAACACAAGAAACAAUUACGUAAACACACGGACGACAAGGCAGCAGGCAGCAGUAGCAGCAGCAGUAGCAGUAGCAGCAGCAGCAGCACGGAAGGGGAAUCACAGCAACAGCAACAGCAGCCAACGAUACAACAACAGCAGCAGCUGGUGAGCUCCCAGCUUCUUCCAGGCUCACCUCUUGAAGCGGUGUCGCCGUGUACUACCACUGCCAGAGACAGCGACCUCUCCCACUCUGACUUCGAAGACGAAAUUGACAUUGUGGGCGUGCCUGCCGAGCUCCGCCACGCCCACCCAUCACACACACACCCUCAGGCCGCCCACUAAACCCUCACGAGGAUUCCCUGCUCACGCCCACGCUAUCAAGCCUUUCAAAGCCCAUGAAUCCUACGUCUGGCAUCUCUCAAGCCCACACAUCGUACCCCUAGCACCUUCCACAUCUUUGUGUUUUACGCCCAUGGCUGCCCAUCUCCAUGCCAUUAUUCUUUAGCAAGAGCUUUUUCCUUCACGAUUCAUAUCUGGCAGCAUCAUUCUUUACCCCCCACCCCCGCACUUGGUACGGCUGGCACCGCUCACAUCCACACAUCUUAUUCCUGGCACCUCCUAACCUUAUGUACUGCAAAUAAGCCAUACGCCUGGCACCACCUGAUCCUACACCUUACACACAAGUCAUACGCCUGGCACCACCUGGUCCUACAUCAUGUACACAAGUCAUACGCCUGGCACCGCCUGAUCCUACACGUUGUACACAAGUCAUACUCCUGGCACCACCUGAUCCUACACGUUGUACACAAGUCAUAUGCCUGGCACCACCUAAUGCUACAUCAUGUACACAAGUCAUACGCCUGGCACCACCUGACCCUACACGUUGUACGCAAGUCAUACACCUGGCACCACCUGAUCCUACACGUUGUACACAAGUCAUAUGCCUGGCACCACCUAAUGCUACAUCAUGUACACAAGUCAUACGCCUGGCACCACCUGACCCUACACGUUGUACGCAAGUCAUACACCUGGCACCACCUGAUCCUACACGUUGUACACAAGUCAUAUGCCUGGCACCACCUAAUGCUACAUCAUGUACACAAGUCAUACGCCUGGCACCAACUGAUCCUACACGUUGUACACAAGUCAUACGCCUGGCACCACCUGAUCCUACACGCUGUACACAAGUCAUACACCUGGCACCACCUGAUCCUACACGUUGUACACAAGUCAUACGCCUGGCACCACCUGAUCCUACACGUUGCACACAAGUCAUACACCUGGCACCACCUGAUCCUACACGUUGCACACAAGUCAUACACCUGGCACCACCUGAUCCUACACGUUGCACACAAGUCAUACACCUGGCACCUCCUCGCUGUAAGUGUUGUAAAUAGCAAUAUUCUCAUUUACAUUUAACCAGAA